AUGCAAAUCCCAUUUGUCACCUACUUUGCCGAGUACCUCGGAUUCUGCGUCGCCUUCUGCGCCAACCUCACCCUGAUCUUUCUCAUUCUGACACGAACCCGUCACAACUUUGGCUCCUACAAGUACCUGAUGCUCUGCUUCGCCGCUUUUUCCUUCUGGUACUCGAUCAUCGACAUCUUGACGCAACCGGCCAUGCACUCCUACCGAAACAGCUACAUUGUCUUCUGUGCCAGUUGGUUCAAGUAUGAUGCCGUCUUGGCUCCGAUCAUUAUAAGUAAACCACUAGCUUUUUGUAUUUCUAUUUUUACUUUGUAAUGUUUAGCCAGUUACUGCACUUCCUACGGACUGACUCUUGUCCUCCUGGCAAUCCACUUCGUGUACCGUUACUUUGCAAUGAUCCGUCCGAACGAGAUCCGCUGGUUCAAGUACCCCCGUUUUCUUGUCUGGCCUCUUAUUUUCAUCGUCAUCGCCGUCUUCUGGUGGUGCAACGUCUACAUUCUUCUGAGCAGCAACUCUACUUUCGACGCCUACUUGAAUGCGACUAUCUACGAGAAUUACGAGGAACGCAUUGAGAGACUCUCUUACAUUGGUCCUCUUUAUUUUGUGAGUAUUAACGGAAAUAACGUCAUCUUAGGUUUUGUUAAGAUUGUAAAAGAGAAUAACGUCAUUGAAGUACAAUGGAGAAGCUGUCUAGGAAUGGCCAACGUCUAUGCGAUUGCGGCAAGCUCUUCUAAUCUCCCAGCCUUUCAAACCUACCCUUUCAGAUUACCACACUCGUGAUUAUAAUUUCAUUAGGCCAUGCAGUUUAUAGAAAGAUGCAGUCUGUGAAUGAUAUGAUUGCGAAAAACACAAGGGAGCUACAGAGACAGUUGUUCCACGCACUCGUUCUUCAAGUGAGCUCUUAUUCCGAGACUGUCGCCAUCAGACUUCUGAUUUCAGACCAUCGUCCCCAUAAUCUUCAUGUACACGCCCACUACCAUCCUCUUCAUUAGCCCCAUCAUCGGUGUCGAACUCGGCGUUAUUGCCAACAUGACUUCGAUUUGUCUCGCCCUCUACCCUGCUCUCGAUCCUUUGGUGGUCAUGUACUUUAUUCGCGACUACCGUACCUAUAUAUUGAGUGAGUUUUGUGAAACCAAAAUGCGAUGGUAACAAAUUGUCCUUGCAGAGAAGAUGCAUUUAUCGAGCAAAGUAUCGUCGACGGUGCGAAACACGUCGAUCACCAAGCAAGAAGAGGUCAUAUAA